AUGGUCCACCAAUACCCACCGAGGCAAUCCACUGUGUUGCUUCCAAUCCUUUGCCUGAUGGUCCUGAUUAUCUCUCUGGAAGCAUUUUCCCCUACUUCCCCAUUGCUGAAAAGCAGACCGAGCCACACAAUAUUGGGGGUAUCUUCUGUGGAUCCCCCUAAAAGUAGUGGUACUACCAGCCAAGGCAGCACGGCAGCGCAAUGGCACCGUGAUCGACGACAGCAAAUGUUGACUCGAUAUCCCGAAAUUAGCGAAUUGGAAAAGACGGCCAACAGCCAAUCCGUCGGUGGGAGUUUUCUGUUUCUGGCCAAUCUUUCCUUGACCCUAUUGGCCAUUCUUUGUGGUCGAAUGGCCAAUUGGAAAUGGACGUUUUUAUUGGCUCUCUUUCCAGGAUCCAUCUUUAGUCUGUGGCAAUUGCAAAUCUUGCACGACAAUCUACACGGAUCUUUGCUGGACAAAUCCAAACGACAUUAUAAUUUUGGUCCAAUUAAAAUCCCCAAGAGAAAACUGCAGCAGUGGAUCCUCUUUUGGGGUAGCAUGCCUUCCAUCUUUGGAUAUUACCUGUAUCUCCAAUAUGGGCAUUUGACCCAUCAUCAAGCCGUGGGAAAUCCUCAGGCUGCCAAUUUGCAAACCAUUUUUGAAUCUUCGUCACCGUCGUUUGAAGACGGCGAUGUCCUUUUUGUCGCACAUCGCAUGAAACUCAAGGGAGGAAUUGGACCACGCUUCCAAAUUGGCAAAAAAGAAAUUGUCAUGUCCAUUUCCAACUUGGGCUUUCGACAAUGGAAAACAGGUCGCGCCUUGUUUAAUAUGGGAGUCUUUGCCACAUCCUUUCUUUACGAACGACUCUUAUUGGUAGUCAAUGAUAUUGUGGUGGCAGUCGCCGGCAAAAACUACUUUUUUCUGAACAAACCACCCCAAUUUCACAAGGAAUGUGCCCGCUACUGUCGUGCCGCGGUAGCGACACGAGCCUUGAUUUGGUGGUUGGGGGGCAAAUCCUGGCACUCCCUCUGGUUCCUCUAUCUGGCCGAAACACUCUGGAGUUUACCACCGCAUCCGGCUGCCGCCAUGUUUGUCACCAAUCACGGAUCACGCCCCAACAACAACAAAAUUCGAGCAUCACCCGAUAAUGCGUGCAUUCCCUCGUCGAGUACGUAUGCUGGCAAGUGGUAUUCGUGCUUGACCCUCGGGACCAAUUAUCAUUGCGAACAUCACGAUUUUCCAACCAUUCCAUUGCAACAGUUGGGGGCACUACGACAAAUCGCACCCGAGUUUUAUCGAGAAGGAUCCAAUGAUCGUUUGUGGCCCAUUAUGGUACAAGCAUUUGCUUAUCCAGAUUACUAUGCCUGCAUGAAUGAUAUGGAGAGUAUUCGGUAGUACGGCUGACUGAGUGCAUGGUGGGAAGAAGAAAGUUGCUUUUGGUUACGGCCCGGAUCGCCAAGAGAACAAACCCGUCAAGGCGAUGCAGAUUAUUUGACAAACGCUUGUCUCUGGAUGACUCGACUCGCGAGGCCUGGGUAAACACGGCACGCAAUGCAACCAAGCCGAGAAUUUGGACGAUGAUUGAAUAACCCACACGAAAUCCUUGCAUUGCUUCGUUGUCGGCAUCGUCUCCAGGGCAAUCCUGCAACUGUGGUUCUUCCUUCACGCGCCAACCCCCUGGGAAAGUUAAUUAAGAAUCAUCGCAGCUGCUAUGGAUGGAAAGGUUCCAUGGAACUUAUAGAACGUUUAUCACUAAUGUUUUGGUUUGGUUCACACCCACCAAAGUCUCACACGGUUGAAACUGUCUUUGGAAUGUCUUCAGUUGCUUUGUCUCAUACUCAUGGGCUUUCCAGUGUUCCAGCUAUGAUAGUGCCCGUACUCUCAGCACUAUCUGGUUAGUUGCUGCAGGCGAAGCAGAUGGGUUCGGCUGGGUCUGCAUCCAAGUUUGGACUGGCUGUUUCGAUGCAGGCCGUUCCGGCAAACAUAAAGUCAACUUCCGCGUCAGCAUAUACCUUUGGAGUCCAGUCGCACAAGUCUUGGUUGAAAGAGCUGGCCCGGAGAAACAUGUUUCGGUCCUUUUCUGCAUUACUCAGGUCCCAGUCCUUGAUGUUGCCAUUGUUGAAAGCGGCAGCGUCUCGAAACAUGCCUUGGUAUCUCGUAUCAAGGGAAGUGCAUUGUUGAUUGGUUGGCUCUCAGAAAGGAAGCUUUAGCCUGUUGUUCUGAUCCGCGAAGCCACCGUAUCGAGUAUGCUUGAUUCUUUUUCAAUGCAUGGCUUUAUCACCGAGAGGCACAUGUCACGAUAUUCCGAUGCGAUGUGCGACAUACUCCCCGAGUUGAGGCAUCAGGUUUUGAAGACGUGGUAUCGGUACCGCUAACGAACCCAUCUUCUUGCUAGCACUACUAGCUAUGCAUAGUAGCCUAUCUCUGAUCUUAGAGAUGCCCACGACAGUGAUCCACGCUCUGCUGUAGCUUCAAUACUUCC